GCGUGAAGAAGGGUUUUGAAAGAGUCGCUUAGCCUUCGAAGAGUCGCUAAGCCUAGGCUGUUCCUGUCGGAUCGGAAGGCAGGACGGGAGCUUGCCGCGUGCUUCUCGUGAAGAAGAAUAUUGAAAGAGUCGCUAAAGACUUCGCCUAGUUCUAGGACGCUGUUCUUGUCGGAUCGGAAAUCAGGCGCGAGUUGACCGCCAAGCUAGGUUGGAGAUGACAGGAGUAGUUCUUGGGAUGCCUGGCCCGUGGGCGGAAAACUUCCUGGAAAAAGCUGAUCACUAUACUACGAAGAUUGGAGGAUUGCCUGAUUGGCCAAUCCCCGACAUGUUUAUCGAGACUGAUCUAACAAAAUGCAUUUUGUGCGGAGAAAGGCUUUGCCUUUUUGCCCAGGUAUAUGCUCCAAUUAAAAUGCCCAAAUCGAAUGUUCAGGAGAGAGUCAUCUAUGUCUUUGGCUGUUUAACGUCAAAAUGUGGAAGCAGUCCUAAGUGCUGGCGAGCUCUUCGCAUACAAAAGUGCACUAGCGAGAAGCUUUUAAAUGAUAUCCUUCAAGAUUCCAAACCUUCUAAAAUAUGCAAUGGGGAUGAGAAAAACUUGGGUAGUGUUAACUAUGAAAGCGUUGAGGAGGACUUGGUGAGUGACAAUGGAGAAAGUAUUGAUGACGAAUAUGAUGAUCUAGACUUUGGUGAAUUGGCUCGGGAACUUUCUGAAGCUUUUUCUCAAGCUUCUAAUUCUAUAAAGCAGAAAGGCUCCUCCAUUUUAGAAGCUACUACGAAGAGUAUGCAAUCUAAGCCAAUACUAGACGACAUAAAUUCUGGCAGACCUGCGGUUCCUUGCUUUUAUAUAUAUCCUCAGGAAGAUCAAUCCUUUGGUGAAGUUACUGCCCUUUGUGCCAAUUAUACUGCACUUUCGGUUAAACAAGAAAAUGACUCUUCUAAUGAUCAAAAAGAGGAAGAAGUUUGGGAAGGAGAGGGAUAUGAAUAUGAUAAGGCUUUGGGUGCUGACAGAACUUUUUUGAAGUUCAAGAAACGGAUGGAUGCAUAUCCAGAGCAAUGUUUUAGGUAUUCAUAUGGUGGUACGCCACUUUUGGCUAAAAUUGAUUUGGCAGAACCCAAUCCUUGCAAUCUUUGUGGUUCACCACGACAAUUUGAAAUGCAAAUGAUGCCCCCUUUGUUGUAUUUUCUUCAUGAAGCUGUUGAUGGCUCCUCUGCUUGCUUGCUAGAGAAAUGGAAUUGGAUGACCCUUCUUGUGUACACCUGUUCUAGUAACUGUUGUUCCAAUUCAUGCACAGAACAGCUGAGCAACCAUGGCUGGGCCGUGGCUGAAGAGGCAAUUGUAAUUCAGGAUGACUAGUAUUCUCAAAAUUUGAUCCCGACUUCUAUGGACGCACGGCAACAUCGAUUAUUUUAGCUUCUUUUUCCUGCACCCCUACAAUCCUUCGAUAGCUCCUUGCGAUUUCUUUGUUAUGAUAUUUUUGGGUUUUGUUGGCAUAUGUGACUGCAACAUUUUUGGUGAUUUGCACUGCGGUUAUUAUACAAUCCUUGUCUCCCUAUGGCUCGUAGGGGUUGGAGAUAAGGCUACCUACUUAUCUUUUGAUUUUUUUAGAUGUAAGUUGAGGAUUUUUUAUUGAUAUAUAUACAAACUGUUAUCCUUGAUUUCUACUUUGAUGAAAUAAAAUUUUGCUUAUGUACAAUUUCUUUUAGCAUCUCCCAAUGCAAAUGGAGAUUGAAGA